UUCUUUUAUUGCAUAAAUUUGUAUUCUUUAAAAAAAACUGCUGCAGCUAAGCCAAGUCAGGACGCAAGUUAUAAAGCCCCGCCAAAGAAAGAAAACGAAACAAAAUUCUCGGCAGCCUUGGGGCAGCUUGGUGGUGAUGAUGUUUGGCUGGUGCUAGCUGCUCAAGCAGCUGGAAAGAGGCAUACAAUGCCCGAGGAAGGUGAAGUGGUCACUGUGCUGCACUUCAACGACUGCUACAAUGUGGAGGAACAGCAUGGUGAACCUGUCGGUGGGGCCACCCGCUUUUGUACUGCCCUCAAAAGCUUUGCCAACCUGAACCCAUUGAUCCUGUUCAGUGGUGAUGUGCUGGCUCCGUCCAUCAUGAGUACAUUCACCAAAGGGGAACAGAUGGUACCCGUCCUGAAUUGCUGCAAAGUUGACUGUGCCGUCUAUGGAAACCAUGAUUUUGAUUUUGGUGUAGACAACUUGACAGAGUUCGCAAAACAGACCAAAUUUCCUUGGCUCAUGUCGAAUGUAGUAGACAAUGAAACCGGAAAGCUGCUGGCUGAUGGUGAGGAAUUUCAAAUCUUGGAGCGGUCAGGCAAGAAGAUUGGGUUGAUAGGACUUGUUGAGGAAGAAUGGCUGGCAACACUUGCAACAAUUGACCCAGAGGAUGUUGAAUACAAAGACUUUGUCACUGAAGGCCGAAGGCUGGCAAGAUUUCUAAAGCAAAAGAAAGGUGUAGAUUAUGUUAUAGCUUUAACCCACAUGAGAACUCCCAAUGACUGCCGCUUGGCAGCCAAUGUAGAUGAGUUGGAUCUCAUCUUAGGAGGCCAUGACCAUGUCUAUGAAGUCAAAAGGGUGAAUGGAAAAAACAUUGUCAAGAGUGGAACAGACUUUCGACAGUUCUCACACAUCACCCUCACAUUCACUGCAUCAGGAGUAGCAGUUGAUGUUGCUGAAGUGAAUGUCACUUCUGACUUUGCUGAAGACCCAGAGCUCAGAGAACUUCUUUUUAAAUAUAAAGAUGUUGUGCAAGGAAAAAUGGAUGAAGUGAUUGGGCAUUUUGCUGUUGAUUUGGAUGGUCGAUUUAGCAGCAUAAGAACAUCGGAGACAAAUUUGGGAAAUUUUAUCUGUGAUGUUAUGCUGUCAGCAACUCAUUCUGACCUGGCUAUUCUCAACUCUGGUACACUGCGGUCAGAUCGAAUUCAUCGAAAGGGGGCCUUCACUAUGCGAGAUUUGGUCACAGUCCUGCCCAUGAUGGACUCUCUGAUUGUGCUCAGUGCUACUGGGGACCAAAUUUUGCAAGCUUUGGAGAAUGGUGUAUCUCAGUACCCCAAGUUGGAAGGUCGCUUUCCUCAGGUGUCAGGGGUCAGCUUUGCUUUUGACCCCAAGAAGUCACCUGGCCAAAGAAUAGACCCCCAGUUUGUGCGAAUAGGUGAUGAACCUUUGGACAAAAAUCAGAAAUAUAGAUUGGUGACAAAGAACUAUCUUGCUCAGGGAAAAGAUGGCUAUGAUGUGUUCAAGGAGUGUGAAGUCUUGUUGAGAGAAGAUGAAAGCCCUGAAUUGUGCACAGCAGUGCAAAAUCAUUUCCAAGCAGUCCGCAUCCUCACUGGUGUUGCCCAAACCCGCACCCAUCACCGCCAGAGUUUGGUCUGCUUGUCCCGACGGCACAGUCUGGUGCGAACUUGUGAAGACGUCACCACGAAGCCGCCAUUGAAGCGAGGCCUCAGCCUUGAUGCAUCAGCAAGAAGGGGGUUGUUUCGCCAGCGGCAGACUUCGCUUGAAGACGUUGAGCACGAGACAUGCAAAAUGGAGCCAAAAGUUGAGAAUCGCAUAGUCAUCUUGACUGAAGAAUGGUUCCGGUCGGGCUCAGUUCCCUGGACCCUGAAUUGCGACUAUCCACAGUGCAGGUAGACUGGUCUCAACUGUGAACCACCGAGGUUGUGAAGAAGUUCUGGGAAGACAGCGACUCGCAUCCAUUGCGCCUUGUUGAGGAAGUAAUUGAAGAAGAGCCUUCAACGGGGAGCUUUGAGAAGAACUAAUGCACAUGAAUUCUGGUUCACUUCCUCAUUCCCUCCAGUCCAAAGUUCACAUUUUGCCCAUGGCCUAAGAUGUCAUUUCGGAAGUUUCAAUAGUAGCUUGUGUCCCUGGUGUAUUUAUCUUGGUUGCAAAGAAGACCUUUAGGCAAUUAUAUUGGCUGUAAGGUAACCGAAAGCCUCAUAUGUCAAAAAGCAAGAAUCCAGGAGGGAUAAUUAGGGCCAGAGGAGGAAUAUGCCUCUCUCUGUAUUUGUAGGAACAGUGCAGGCAAGGGGAAAUCAGCUGCACAUGACCUGCUUUUGCUAAUUUGGCUCUUCCUCACACUACUUUGUAAAUGAUGGCCAACACAAAAGACUGUACUUUGUCAUUCUUGUUUUUAAUACUACUGUGUUCACAAGUGUUGCCAAUAGUGAUCCAGACAUUCCUUUAAGAAGUCUGAAAAAAGGAUGUGCUCGACUUCUCGGGAGAAGUGCAUUGUCCUUCGCAAAAUAAAAACAAGGGGGUGGGGAGAGAGUUGAAUCACUGAGCUGAUUCACGCUUCAGUAAUUUUACGUCUGAUUGAGGUAAAGCGGUGAAAGGUGUGAUCACUCAGACAUAAAUGAUGUGCUGGUUUGUUUUUGCUUUUAUUUUCUUUCAGCUACUUAGCACUGGUAAAUUGCGAUCAAGCACUUGAACUUCAGCUCACUUGUAUCAUUCAGUUUGUUGAGAAUCUCCUAGUAUGUUAUUGUCGUAUUAACUUGCAUCAUGCUCAUUUUCUCCUCAUCACUGCAUCCUUAUUAAAAGCUGCUUGAUGCGCUUGCCAGGAGAACAAAAUUUAGAGAACACUUGGGUUUGGCUUAAGCAAAGACUAAGAUGAUAGCUGUGUUAGAAAGAAGACCGUCUGUCUAGGACACUGCCUCGAAGAUUGUGUGCAAUUUGUCUCUUGGUUACAUUGCUUAAGCUGUAUCAUGAGGGAGACUGUGUGACACCAAGACGUUUGUUGCACUUUAAUAUUAUUAUUGAUAAUGCGUAGAAUAUAAAAAAAAUAAUUUAUAUACAUAUAUAUAGCUGAACAUCUGAAGUCUAUGCAAGCAGAGUUGCACAAGCUUUUGGUUGUGAAAGAUAUGAGAGUGUUUAAAACUAUUGCCUUUUUCAUUUGCACUAACUGCACAACAAAAUUUGUCUAGAUUCCAAGUUGUGUAAUGCAGGGUAUAUAUUUUACUGCUGUGGGGUUCAUGGAAGUUGUGUUGCAGCUUGAAGAACAUGUGUGCAACCGUUGCUAAAUAUUGUUUAGCAGCAGAGAUGCAGGCUGAAAUUGGAAAUGUAUAGGCUCCACUAUGGCAUAGAGUUAUCGGAAUGCCAUUUGCACAGAGCUUGUUCUAGUUUUGUAAAAGGACACAUCAUGUUCAGGUGGCUAUCAAGUAUAUCUUUGGUUAAUAUACACAGUGCAUUUGUUAUAUUUCCUGUGUGUACCAAAAGUAUGCAAUUUCACCAAAGUCUAUAUGAGAAAGGCUAGUUUGCUUUGUCACUGCACAUAUUUAGAACAUCUUUAUAUUCCUGCUGUUAACUUUGUGAAAGCACUUUUUAGUAGCAGUUGACAGUGAGCGUAGUUUACUUACGAAUUUUAAGUUUACUGUGCGAACUAAAGCAUGACAAGCUCCAUUUUAUUGUGCUUGCCGUAGCAUGUUUACAGGUACUGCAAACAAGAGAAACUUGCCUCAGGAGCAUCUACUUAAGUUUUCUUUUGUAAAAAAUGAGAAAACUUCUAUAUGCGUGCUAUGGAGAUUUCACAAAAAUGUAUUCAUGAUGAAAGGAGAUGUUUAUGGAGAAUAUGCAAAAUGUCAUACCUGUUAGAACAUAAUGGCAAUACUUCCUUGUUUAACUUUUAACCUGUCGCACAAUUUUAAUGGAAAGUAACUAUUUUAGUUCCAAAAAUGGAAAGUGUGUUGUUUACUAGGUAUUUAGUGUUUGAUGCUUUAGUAACUUAAGCGCUUCUCUUCCCGUGGCAUUUUUUACAUUCCCAAGAAUGUUGUUAGUCAUUGCUAGUCUGGAGUUAAGAAAAUUUUAAUGGCAUAUUAGUGCCAAGAGUAUUUUGUUUUAGAUAGACGUGUGUUAUUAAUGUGUGUGCCCUGUGAAUGAAUACGCAGUUUAGUAGUUUUUGUGGCCCUUUACCAAAUCUAAGUGCUCAAAAAUGUCUUUCAUGCAGGAAAUGCUUUUGCAAAAAUAAAUGUGUUGCAAGCCACUUUU